AUGGAGCGCAGCACUGGUGGGUGCUGGACGUGCAAAAUCCGCCAUCGGAAAUGCGACGAGACUCGGCCCAACUGUAGGGAGUGUGGAGAUCGGCAGAUCUCUUGCCAUGGCUAUGGGUCGAGGCCGGAAUGGCUAGAUGAUGGACCGCGGCUGCAAGCCGAGUUGGCUCGCAUCAAGCGAAGCGUGCGAUUCAAUGUUUCCCGCAAGAGACACGCCCGUGGCACUGCUUCUGCAAGUCCUCCCGAUACUGUCGCUCAUGAUCAUACCCCUGCCCAUCGAUCAAGGGUAGACGGGGAGCAAGAACAAGUGGAGCUGCCCUCCCUUCCCCAUACCGGGUUUACUCUGCGCGAAUCACAACUCCUUAUACACUACCUCGAUUACAUCUUCCCUAAACAGUUUCCAUACUACCAAGAUCAGCCUGAGCUGGGCGGCCGGGGAUGGCUGCUCUGGUUGGCGAUGCGAAACGGCCCGAUGUAUCAGUCAAUCCUAUCGCUGGCAGCGCUGCAUCAGUUCAUGCUGCUGGGCUCUGAUAAGCAGAAUGCGGAAUUGCAGCUCAUUGAGUACCAUACGGGCGCCCUGCGGGCUCUGCGAGAAUUUCUUGGUAAUUACGCGAGCGACGGCCAUGACAGCAAGGAACAACUGGCCGAGUUCAUUGGCUCUGGACUAUUCCUCAUCAGCUUUGAGGUUUUCCGAGGCGGUAUAGAUAACUGGCAGUCACAUUUAACUGCGAUUUCUGCCGUAGCCACGAAAACAGCCCAAGUGUCGCUGGCGGCUGCUUCGAGUUCUGAUGAUGACGGCUUGAUGCACGUUUUCAAGUUCCAGUUUGCCAACCUCCUCUGGUUCGAUAUCUUGGGUAGCUCGUCCCGGGGUACAAGUCCGAUCAUCCCAUAUAAUGACUGGACCAGUAACCUGGGGGUUCAAACAUCCACGAUUAUGGGCUGCCACAGCUGGAUCAUGAAUACUAUCGGCGAUCUUGCGUGCCUUGGUUCAAGGCAAGACACGCAGGUCCUCGAUGAUGCCAUUGAACUUGAGAAGAAGCUGGAAACCAUUCUUGCCGGUUUAGUGGAGGACGAAGAGGAUCGGACACAGCCAGUAACUCCCAUGAUUACAGCAGUGUCCCGGGUUUUUGCCAGCGCAGCUCUGGUAGAGCUUCAUGUAAUCUGUCCAAGCCUACACACUGCGACAUCGCGAACUUCUCUCCGGGAAAAGAUUGCGCAGGUCAUUGAAGCCAUUCGCAGCGUCCCAGAGCCAGUAUCAUCACGCGGUUUCCCUUGGUCACUCUGUGUAGCGGGAGCUCCGGCGGAGGAAGACCAGCAACCCUUUUUCGAAGAUAUGCUCACCAGUGCUUCGAACGGCGCGCUACCGGGAUUUACCAACUGUGAUACGGCGCUUAGGAUCUUGAAAGAGUGCUGGAGGCUUCGCAAGACAUUCCCCGAAGAGCGCUGGACUUGGAGGGCCGCGAUGAAGUCACUUGAAAUAUGUGCUCUGCUUGUGUAA